GGGAGAGAAGUUGAGGGCGGAGGGAGAAAUUGGAAGGCCCAAUGAGGCCCAUCGGCGUGAAGUCUUGAGUAAAGAAAAAAAAACAGAAGACACGAAGGAAGAUAUAAUUGAAGUUCCGGAGGGAAGGGAGGAGGAGCAAACCGCAAAGUGUUGAGUAGGGGAAAAGCAAGGAAGAAAGAUGAGCAGCAUCGGAACAGGCUACGACCUCUCGGUUACCACUUUCUCUCCCGAUGGCCGUGUUUUCCAGAUCGAGUAUGCUGCCAAAGCCGUCGACAACAGUGGAACUGUAAUUGGAAUAAAAUGCAAAGAUGGGAUCGUGAUGGGGGUGGAGAAGCUGAUAGCAUCAAAAAUGAUGUUAACUGGUUCUAAUCGUAGAAUCCACUCUGUUCAUCGUCAUUCUGGCAUGGCAGUGGCUGGAUUAGCAGCUGAUGGCAGGCAAAUUGUGGCACGUGCUAAAUCUGAAGCUACUAAUUAUGAAAGUGUGUACGGUGAGCCCAUUCCUGUCAAAGAACUUGCUGAACGCAUCGCAAGUUAUGUACAUUUAUGUACCCUCUACUGGUGGCUCAGGCCCUUUGGGUGUGGGGUAAUACUCGGAGGUUAUGAUAGAGAUGGACCCCAAUUAUAUAUGGUUGAACCAUCUGGCAUCUCCUAUAGAUACUUUGGUGCUGCAAUGGGGAAGGGAAAACAAGCUGCCAAAACAGAAAUUGAAAAGUUGAAGCUGUCAGAAAUGACUUGCAGGGAUGGGGUUAUUGAAGUAGCCAAAAUCAUCUACAAGGUACAUGAUGAAGCAAAGGACAAGGCCUUUGAACUUGAGAUGAGUUGGGUCUGUGAUGAGUCAAAGCAACAACAUCAAAAGGUUCCUGAUGACCUUUUAGAGGAAGCCAAGGUUGCAGCUAGGGCUGCGUUGGAAGAAAUGGAUGCUGAUUAAUAAUUAUGGGUGACAGAGUCAUCUUAUGUUUGGAGUCAUUGCUGAUUAAAAAAGGUCUUUCUAUGAUCAUAUCAGAUAAGAUCAGCAGAGUUUUGUAUGGGACCAUGGAUUCUGUAAACCAUGAAUUUUCUGUUGUCUUUUAACUGUAUCUUUUUAGGCAUCCUUAAGACAUCAACAUAGACUAAGCCUGCAUUUUGAUUUAACUGGAGCUGCAUUUACCGUGGCAAAUUGUGCCAAUUGUACCGUAUAAUGCAAAAAUAUGCAUUUGGCUUA